AAGUGAGCCGUGCCCGCUACGUCUCUGCGUCGUCUCGGCUGACUCCUUCAGCCCCCACCCCCACCCCGCCUGCUCCCCCUGCUACCCUACACUCUGCAGAGAGGUGACGUGUGAUGGCUUGCCAUGCCCACCACGGGUGGAUGUCCGUGAGCACGCUGCUGCUCCUCGUGUCCGUGCUGCUCCCCACGCCGCUGGACGCCGUGGCCCCCGCGUGCUCCACGUUCCCGUGCCAGGACUUCUGCGACCAGACAGCCGCUCCUUGCAACGGCCUCGUCCUGGAGGAGCUGUGGGAGAGCUUUGACCUGGACACGUGGGAGCACGAAAACACGCUGGCCGGUGGUGGGGCGUGGGAGUUCCAACACUACACCAACAGCAGAAGGAACAGCUACGUGCGGGACGGGACUCUGUUCAUCCGCCCCACGCUCACGGAAGAGGUCUACGGAGAGGAGUUCGUUCGCACGGGGACCCUGAGCAUCUGGGGCCUGCACCCUCCUGACGAGUGUACCGGAGUGGCGUUCUACGGCUGCGAGCGCUCUGGCCGGCCGGGAGCGUCGGUGGUGAACCCGGUGCAGUCGGCCAGCAUCCGCACGGCCCGCUCCUUCGCCUUCACCUACGGGCGCCUCGAGGUCACCGCGCGGAUGCCCACCGGGGAUUGGCUCUGGCCUGGCAUCUGGCUGCUCCCCAAGAGGAACGCCUAUGGCUCGUGGCCUCUCUCCGGGCACAUCAAAGUCGUCGAGUCCCGGGGCAACGUGGAUCUGAAGGACUCGGGGGGAGUCUCUCAUGGGGUGGACGAGAUGGACUCGGUGCUCCACUGGGGUCCCAGCGCGGACCUCAACGCCUGGUGGAGGACCUACGCGACGCGGAAAGCAAAGGAGGGAACUUUCGGGACUGCUUUCCACAAAUACGAGGUGGAGAGAACUCCAGACUACAUGAGGUUCCUCCUGGACGGGGAAGAGAUCCUGAAGGUGGCUCCUGGCGCCGGAGGCUUCUGGGCCCUGGGAGAGUUCCCCAGCCACGUGGACAACCCCUGGAAGGGCGCCUCGAAGAUGGCCCCGUUCGACCAGGAGUUCUACCUGGUGCUGAACCUGGCGGUGGGCGGAGCGUCCAACUUCCUGGACGAGUGGACCAAUCGGCCUCACCCCAAGCCCUGGAAUAACAGCGCCCCCACCGCUAUGCUGGACUUCUACAAUGCCAAGGCCAAGUGGUUCCCCACGUGGAAGCGCGCAGUGAACAAUGGGGAGGACGCGGCGCUGCAGGUGCGAGCCAUCCGAGUCUGGGCCUACAAGUAGCGGGCGUGGGGUCACGUGACUCCCGCGCGGGGCCACGUGGGGUCACGUGACUCCCGCGCGGAGCCACGUGGGGUCACGUGGUGGAGCCAGGUGGAGCCACGUGGAGCAGCCGUGUGGGGAGCUACCUGGCUGGCCACGUGGGGUCACGUGGUGGGGUCACGUGGUGGAGUCACGUGGAGCGAGUCGUGUGGGGCUACCUGGCUGGCCACGUGGGGUCACGUGGUGGGGUCACGUGGUGGAGUCACGUGGAGCGAGUCGUCUUCAGCUCGGAGUCUCUCCAACUCCGCCGUCGAUUCUCAACAAUAAAAAAUAAAAUGGCCUCCUUCA